UAUUUUUUUUUUUUUUUGCCUUAAAAAAACGAUAUUAUUUUAGCAAUCUUCUUCGUCUACUAAAACUUGUAUACAAUUAACAAUUAAUAAUAAUAACAAUAAUACUAUUAUUGCAACAACAAUGACAACAUCUUCUUCGUCGUCGUCUGCAAGUACAACAACUGAAACAACGACAACAACAUCACCAUCCAAUACCAUACUAUGUGCUUCACCGGAAGCUCGUAGUCAACGCGAUAUAUUCAAUAAACGUCGUCGUAAAAAAUUUAUAACAACAAGAACUACUACUGAUACUAGUACUAGUACAGAAGAAGAAGCUGAAACAGAAGCAACAGAAACAUCAACAUCCAUUAACCAGAAUACAACAUGUGCAACCACCCAACAGCAACAACAGAAACAACAAUUACACACUAAAUGUACUCAUUUAACUAUACAAAAGGUUGUUGUCACUUUGUUGUUUCUCCCUCUCUUUCUUAAUAUUUCAUUUUUUGUACAAAAACGUCACAAAAAAAAGAAAAAUUAUAAUAAAAUUUCUCUAUAUUAGUCUAGAGAUCUCAUCUACUGCUACUUAUUACAACUAUUUAAAUUAUUAUUAUUUUUUAUUUAUUAAUUAUAAUGUACAUUGUAUACAAUAAUUUAUUGCUUUUUCUUACUAUUUAACAUGACUCUAGAAUGACUCUAUUUUUCUUUAAGUUUGUUAUUUGAACCACAAAGAGAGGUCAACAUCAUUUCAGACAAAUUAUCAUUAUUAUUAUUAUUAUUGAGACCGACUGGGGGGGUAGUGCAGACUGACAUUCAUAGACAAUUUGCUUUGACAUUUACUCGCCAGUGAAUGACCAGUAAGUGCAAUUUUCUCACAAAAGAUCAAUAUCUAGGUUUUGUUAAGUAAUUAUUUUUGCACUAAAUAAAUGUGACAAACAAUAGUUAACUCUAAACAAGUAAGAGUUCUAUAUUCGGCUGUGCCGAAUCUUAUAUACCCUUCACCAUGAUGUGUGAAAAAAACAGUCAUUACGAAUUUUAUUACAAAAAAUGAAAAACUCUAA